UACAGCUACUUGCAGUAAAGACUCGCGCGGAGAAAGGAGCAGUCCCACUAUUCACGCGCACAGCAUUUCAAUCCGGACCUGUAUGGUUCGCGUCGCAGCUAUUCUCUGCUACAGAGCGGGUUUCACGGCGACCCAUGAGAACUUUCAUUUGACUUCAUCUUUCCAUUUUCUUUUUUUUAUUUUCAGUCAUUUAUCAUCCUUAUUUUUUCCUUCAUCCAGUAGGCUGCAAUUAUUUAAUUAUUGUCCAUCUUUUCCAAACUGCCUCAUUCAUUUUGGGAACUCUGGCAUUUUUCUCUCGUGUGCCUGAACGGAAUACCUCGAGACAAGCUUGGGUUUCCUGCAUUUGGAAUUGGUACCUGCCUGGCUUUCUAUCCACAUCGAGGGGAUUAACUUCCAUGUCUCCACGGACAUCCAGCACGACGGCGGCGACGACACUGGUCGCCUUCCUCUGAGGAAUGUACGUGCUCACCACAGCCGGUUGAACGGAGAGUGCUCCACUCAGUAGUGUAUUUUACCGAAUGAGAAACUGUCUGCUGUCCGCGGUGCUGCUCUCUGUCAUCUCGAGCAGGACUAUUAGAGGAGUAGUUCUUCUCUUUGGGAUGGUUCACUUUUAACCGGGUUCCUUUUAUACAUUAUUUGCCUUUUUCUCCUGGAACGGGGAUAUUGAUUGUCACACGCGUCACUUCACAAGACGUGUUCUUUUUUUAGUUUCUUUAUUUUUUCAAACUAGAAAUUCCCGCGAAACGGAAUUUGACCGUAGCGGUCAUAACGGACGAUGGGCGACUCUCUGUGGAGAUAUUACUUUGGAGUUUUAAUCAUCGCGUGCAAGGUGAACCUGUCCCGCGCGCUCGUUCUCGACUCCAUAUACUGGAACACGACGAAUACCAAGUUCGUGCCAGGACAGGGCCUGGUGCUGUACCCACAGAUCGGGGAUAAGAUGGACAUUGUUUGCCCACGCGUGGAGGGCGGCUCAAUGGAAGGAGUGGAGUAUUAUAAACUCUAUAUGGUUCCUCGGGAACAGCUGGAGUCCUGUACGGUCACAAAGGCGGAUACGCCUUUACUCAACUGCGUCAAACCGGACCAGGACGUCAAAUUCACUCUUAAAUUCCAAGAGUUCAGCCCAAACCUCUGGGGCUUGGAGUUCUUCAGGGGAAAAGACUACUACAUUAUCUCUACGUCUAAUGGGACGAUGGACGGGCUGGAUAAUCAGGAAGGAGGGGUGUGUAAAACCAAGUGGAUGAAAAUCGUCAUGAAGGUUGGACAAAACCCCUCAGAUCCCAUUUUCCCCAAAGACUACCCCACCAGAUACCCCCCCAAAUACCACGACCCAGGGAUCAAGGACACCAAAUCGAAUGAAGUACUUGACAAGCCUGAUGCAUCUCAACAUGGAGAAGAAAAAGGAGAAGGAAAUAAAUCCUCCGUCAUCGGUUCGGAGGUCGCCUUGUUUGCCGGCAUCGCCUCGGCCAGCGUCAUUGUCAUCAUCAUUAUCAUCAUGCUGGUGUUCCUCCUACUGAAGUAUCGACGACGUCACCGCAAACACUCGCCUCAACACGCCACCACGCUGUCACUCAGCACGUUAGCCACACCCAAAAGAGGCGGCGGCAGCAACAACAACGGCUCGGAGCCGAGUGACAUCAUCAUCCCAUUGCGGACUGCUGACAGCGUCUUCUGCCCACAUUACGAGAAAGUGAGCGGUGAUUACGGACACCCAGUUUACAUCGUACAGGAAAUGCCGCCGCAGAGCCCGGCGAAUAUCUAUUAUAAAGUGUGACUUUAUGACUUUAACUUCAACCCCCACACGCCCCUCGAUGAACCCCCGUAUGGCGGGAUUGAAGCCUGAGCGCACCCUCGUCCCGCUCUCUCGUGGCUGUCUUUUUCGUUUUUGUAAGAAUAUUCCUGAUUAUUACUCUCGAGUUUAGAUGCUGGAGUGAAGCUCCUGAUUCGCUGCUCUUGCACCUGCAAAACAAACAGAAAAUUAUAAAGAAAACAGGAAUCCCUCUGGGGGAUUGACGUGCACUAUAAAGGACGUUUAGGAUACUAUAGUGUGUUUAUGAGGGAGUAUGUGUGAAUCACACGAGCAGGGGGGUUGAGGGGUUGGGCAUGAAAAGAGAGGUGAAGAAAAUGAUUCUUCCUCUUUUAUUUCACUGCAUUCUCCUGUAAAGACACGAGAGACGGAGAAGAGACGUGACUGGACGUAAGAAGUGAAUAAGAGUGGCUGAUCUGUCACAAAAACAGGAAGUGAAUGCAGCGCAUUGGUCACAGCCACAGGAAGUAGAAUUAUAGAGGAAGCAGGAACCUCCCGUCCACCGGCUCAUCGGACGUUUGGAGCGUACUGUUGGACUUUUCAAAGGACAUCAACCGUUUUUCUGCAUUCACUCGUACUGUUUUCAUUUACAUUAACCCGCCUCAUUUGUCCACCUCUACACUUUUACAAGGUGUACUUGUACGGUCAUGCAUCUUGCAUUUCUUUCUGUCAUUCCCAGUUGCGGAUUUGUUUGGUAGAAGAACUAAUGUGUAUCAUACUAGAGAUCCUUUCGUGCUGGUAUUAUGUGCAGUUUCUGAGUACUGUGGGAGACACGUAGACACAUUUCAUUUAGUACAUGUUAGCUGGCUGGAGGUGCGAAGGAGAAAAAGAGAGCAGGUUAGGUGAAAUGAAUAGAUUUGGUACAGUUGUCGCUGUCUUGUUGCAUGCUGGGAAGGUGGAGGACCCACAUGAACACUUUGGCAGCACUUUGAAAGCCCCAUCAUCUUUGUGGAGCAUAAGCAAGACCAUUCAUAGCAUAUAAACAAACAGAGACGAAAGGGAGCGAUUCUACACAAGGCUCAUUGAGCUGUGGCAUGAGCUGCCAUUUUGAAACACAUUUGCUGGAAGAGAUUUGCAUGUCAUGUCAAGUUUCCUGUUUUACUAGUAUUUCUGCCAUCACAUUUACCAGUGCAGGCUGUGCUCUCCUUAUAGCUCAAAAGCACAGGGAUGUCACAACACACAAUGUUUUGAAUUUACCACAAAAAAGUUCAUAAGCAUCUCUUUAGGAAUUUGUUUAAAUGUAUAUCAAAACGGAUGGAAAAAGUGCAAGUGGAAUUUAUUUAUAAUGCAGGCAGACGGGCGCAAAACAGCAAGCAUAUGAAUAAUUUAUGAAAGAUCUGCACAUUAUGCAAGCUUAGAGAUUUCCGUUAACGUACCGAUUUCUCCAUUUGCUAUUUGCUUUUUCCAUCAAUCCCUACACAAAUAGCCGCCUUUCCACACUACACACACACACACACACAUGCUCUCACAGCCAGGGAAGGGGUGGCUUUGGACGGAGCCCUCGGGGAAAACAGCAUGUUGGGUUUUAAAAUAGCUGAAAGGAAUGAGAAGGAAGGGCCAGAAACGGACCAAAGGAAGGGCAAGUCUAACGGAGACCUGACUAAACCAACUUCUCCGGCCUGCUUGUCUCUCUCGAUGAAGCUCAGAUGUGCUCUGAGUAGAAAUUAGGCCUCUUAAUCUGGAAAGAAAGCAGUCGACGUGGGUUAGCAAGCAUGCCUAACCCACGAGUCAAGGCUAAAUGUAGUAAAUUGCAUGAAAUGGAAUCUGUCAGGCUCAAAUUGUGAGAGGUUUCUGUAGGAACGAAAACACAAGUAUGAUUUAUGACUGAUACGGAGGUCACAACUAGACCCAGUAUUCAUUUUAGAGAGGAAGCCACUAAGCAAAGGUCAGUGAAUCCCACAGUCCGCAGCUCCCAAAGGACUCAGUAAUUCCCAUUUUCCCUGACAGAAAGGUCUUGUCCCUGUGAUCGUGUGUUGUCAUUUGUGCAAACCCCUUUCUUAGCAAUGCCAGCCUGCAUUUAUCAUACAUUAACUUCAAUUUUAAUUUGUUUACCAAAAGUGGACUUUUAAUGUCCACAAAUGUAUGAGGGCCACAUUAACUGUUCAUUCAUUUCUUUAUCACUUGUUCAUGGAGGUUCUUGAAUCUCGCUUAGAAGCCAAGCCUUGUGUGAUCGGAGCUUUGUGCCUCUGUAAGAGGCCACAAAAUCUGCAAAUAUGCAAUUUUUAUUUAUUUUUAUAACAAUUGAGAAAAAUAUGAUAUACGUUCACCUAUGGAAAGUGUUCUUAACCACUGAAAUUAAAUGAAACAAUACAGCAUAAGAAAAUGUUACAACCCCGGUGUGUUAUUAUUAUAAUUUUUUGUUUUUACUUAGUGCUGUAGGUUCGAGUUAAACUGUGAAAACAUACACACAGACACACUAAGACUGAGCAGUUGUUUUUAAACUAGACACACAUACUACAAAACACUACAAACAUGUUGCUGUUUGGUUGCUAUCCCAUAUGGGCUAAAUAUGACAAUCUCCUUAGUUUCUUUGAAUCUGAAGACACUUUCCCAAGGUCGCAAAUGUUCUAGUAACAUUGUAGGAGUGAUUUGAGUGGUAUAGCGUAAAAUGUUGCACCGAUGUUGACAGAACAUUUGCGAAAAGCUGGGAGAAGUGUCUUCAGUCCACUGUAAAAUGCCUUGCUUGUAUGGUCACCCUGAGUUCACGAGACUCAAAUUUUUGCACCGUACAUCUGUAGGUAUAAGAGGCUGUAAAUACGUUAUUGUUUGUAUUGUACAUGGCUCCCCGGUUGUUACGAUAGCCUUACUCUCACAUUUCUAGCAAAUAAAAAAAAGUUACGAAAAAAUACACAAAUCACUUCAGUUGAAAAAGAGAGCGUACUAAUUUUUUGGUAAAUAACUUGUAAAUAUUGACAACGAACCCAAUAAAUCUUUUUUUAUAAACUCUUAAAGUAAGAUGUUUUGUAUAGAAUUGGAAUUUUUUGCUAUGUAUUUUAGCUAGCACUCGUCAGUACUCCCCAACUCAACCCUUUUGCACUGUUCCCAUGUUGAUCUGGUUUAAAGAUAAAAAUGAGAUAGAGAAUUGCCAAACUGACUGCUUGCUGCAUAUUUGUGCCAUACGUGUGUACCAUAGAUAUUUAUUUAAUUAGUUCUUUGAUUUUUUUUUUGUUUUGUUUUUUACCCAGUUUGUACACAACUUCAGUAUUAUCAUUUGAGUUUUUCUGAACUUCUCCGUUUCCUGUUAUCUUUUUGUUGCUAUCGUUUCCCGGUGGCUGAUGCGCCCACCUCUCCCUCGCAGUGAGAUCUGGUCAGGACGUGCAACAUUAUAAAGGCGUAGAAAUGACACACAUUCCACCAGUCUGUUACAAACUGAAAAUGUUUUUCAAUAAAAUGUUUUUCCUAUGGAACUUUCA